AAGUUAUUUUCAUGUCUGAUUUAAACGCCACGUGGUGGAGAUCGGUUCGGUUCUAUAUAAUGCGUAUCUGAAGAACACCCUUAUUCAAGGAAGUGUUUUUGGCCUGGAACUAACGCGGUUAUCAAUGGAUAUCUCAAGUGUACUAAUGAGUUGGCAACGGGUUUGUUCUACACUUGGCGAUCUUAAAUGAAUACGUCAUCAGCUGGGGAUCGGGUAUAAUAUAAAUCUGGGUCUGAACACCUGCAUAUCGGUUCCCCGAAUCCCUAUCAUUCACAAAUGGCUUUUUCAUUAAUCGAGGUUGAUAAUUAAACUGGUACUGAUACUAAAGAGCGACGUGAUUCGCUCUAACCCCUUACCCCCAAAAAAGCAGACGCCACCCAAAGAGGUGAAGCCGGUCGAUUACCGAUCGCCGCCAUAUUCGGCUUCCGUUUGGAAAUCGGGCUCGGUUUUUGGCUUCGGGUUCGGGCAUUAGACUCCAGUUGGUGCGCUGGCAUGGACUCUCGGGGGCCAUAAAGCCAUUAUCACCUAUAUUGCUUGUCCGAUUUGCGGAUCCGUCGGCAGUCCCGCGACCGUAAAAUCUGAUUUCUGUAGACGUGUCGUCGCUCGCCCCGAACCGAUUCGAUACGACUGGGGGAAAAGACUUGGGAACGAGAUAAGAACCCUGGAGAGGUACACAGAAAGAAAAAUCGAUAUAAGGCGGUAAAAGUAAUGAUUAUUUGUAUCAUCAUUUCGUUUGACAUGUUCAAAUUUUCUAGCGAAUAUAAAAAAUAUAUAUAACUACUAUGUAUCGGCAUAAGAAGAAAAAAAAGGGCAGUGGGUCUCGAACCUGGACCUUUUUAAUUUCCCAUUUCCGAUAGUUUCCAAUGUAAGAAAAAAAGCAAGAUGAGAUACAAGUGUAAAUUGCAACAACAAAACAAUAUGAACUAUAUUUAUUUGACCUCGCAUACAUAAAAUGGGUAUCAAUCUAGUUUUUCUUUCUGUGUAGGGUGAAAAGGGUUCUGGGGGACAACGUGGCAUCUCUACAGGGUAAAAAGGUAACCGAAACUGAUAAUUGUGCAACGUAUACAAACCUUGCUCGCAUUGCUCCACUUGCUUUCGGGUUAUCAGUUGGAGUGACAAGAGGAAAUUAAAGUUGAAAUCGACACGAUUACUUCAUUAGUUCUCUUUGAAAAAGACUAAACAAGUGGGCGCGUGCCGGGGGACGAGGGAUCAGAGGUCAGAAAGGAGUUGACAAGGUCACCCAGGAUGUUUGUAUUCGGCUGUCGGAGCCGAUUGAUGGAUUGGAUUGUCAGUGGCCAUAACUAACCAAUUAGCGAUUUGCCAUUCGUAGCAGGCAAAGCCAGGCACAUCAUUGGGUGGUUGCUUCUGGUGGGUGGUUCAGGGGGUGGUUCAGGGGGUGGGUGCAGCAAGGUGAAACGCAAUCAGAAAUAAGUGAGCCGAGCCAAGUUGAGUUAGUCUGAAGACUUGGACCCAAUUCGAUCAGGUGCAAGCGACAGAAACAGCGAAGGAAACAUAGACAAACAGAGGCCACGUAUUCGGCGGGGGAGUACAGUAAAAACUGGACAACUGGACAAAAAAUCUAAGUUUGCUCUAACACAAAACAUAUUAGUAUUCAUGUAUUCAUAUAUUCCGGGCUGUUAUCUUUACAAAUCAUGACGUCAGUUGGUAUCGCAGAAUGUGUUAGUUUUCUGAGGGUUUCCAUUAAAAAUAUGUCAAUGUUUGUGGAAAACAUUAAAUUGGCAUUUUAAAUGGCAAAUAUUUGUAGAUUCCAGCGCUUGAUUUUGAGGUAAAACCCAGUAGAAAGUAAAUCAAAAUCUCCAAUCUACAACCUAGAGAUAAAGCUGACCACCCAGAGGACCUUUCACUGUACUAGGAUGAGUGGAACCCUGAGGAAAUGUCAUUGGUUUGGACGUGGACGAAAGCGAAAGGUGUAGACGCAGACAGAGACGGAGACAGAACUUCAGCGAAUAUGCCAAGACAGGGAAUCAAUUGUUGUUGCCUUGUUUUAUUUCGCCCAAGACACGCAACAACAAUGUAACCGUCAAAGGGAGAGGUUAAGAUGGAGAACACGGCGAGAAGAGACGCCAUCUAUGUAAUGCUUGGAUUCAACGGAUUAUUAGAAUUUGAAUAUCGCUGGAUCUAACGGACAAUGUGAACGAGCAAAACGAGAGCCAAACGGUCUUCUUGAAGAUUGAGGCCAACUUCCGCGAGGGCCAGAUCAUCCGGAGCAUGUUCCAGCCGGGCGAGGGAUGGCAGCAGGAGGAGAUUUCAAAGAAUUGGAAGUGUGACGGUCCGAAGAAUCCACUGCAGCCGGGUCAGAGCUUUACUUUCCGAGUGGCGGUACUCCAACGAUGCUUCGAGAUCUACGUAAACGAUCAGUUGUACGGAUCAUUUGAGUUCGUCAAUUUCCCAAAGCAAAUCAACUACGUGCGUGCUUACGGGGACUUUGAAAAGAUCACCCAGUUCCAUCACCGAAUGCUCUUUCCGCUUGUCUUCCCGAGAACUCUCAUGUGCCCGGAAAAGGUGGCCUUCCAGAGUGACGUGCCCAGACGAUAUGAAACCGGGACCGUGGUGGCCAUGGAGUGCAUCGCCAAAGGACCCCCGACCACGGAGUUCUCCAUCUGCUUCCAGUGCAACGACACCGGAAGGAUGGUACUCCGUUUCCACGUGAACUUUGAUCGGACAACCGUGUCACGAUGUUACCAGCGGGAAGACAACAGCUUCGCCAUUAGUGACGAGGAGACCGAGGGCGAAUUCCCAUUUGUGCGAGGAAAGCUCUUCAAGAUCGCCUUUGGGCUCGGGGAUCGUGCCUUCCUGAUCGCCGUCAAUGGGCAGUACUUUACCUACUAUAACUUUCCCGGACGUCCUUUCUCCAUUUCCACGCUGAAGUGUUUUACCAACGACGUGGGCGAUUUUGCCGUGAGGAGCAUGGAAUACCACUCCGAUUCGCCGCUCCUGGCCCGCGUGGAGAAACUAUCCAUCAUCUAAGCGGAAGGAUUUUCUAGAAUCUUACAAGAUUGGUUCGAGUUUUCGUAGAAUGCUCUUUGUUCAAUCGUUGUCUUUGAUCACACUACAAGCACCAGUUAAAUUAUUCUUCUGAGCAUCCAAAUAAAGCAAA